GGCAGAGCCUCAGAGGAGGACAGCUGCACAUCUGGGAUCCUGGGAGAGGAGGGCAUGGCCAAAAGGGAGAGAGAGGGUGGUCCGUGGAAGUGUGUGUGGGUGUUGGGUGGACCCCCAGAAUGGGGGGGGCCAAGGGCAGAUUCCUAGAGCAGAGACCAGGGUGUGCUCAGUCUAAGCAGAAUGGGCAGGGAUGCCUCCAGCUGGGCUUUGAGGGUCUCAGUCUUCCCUCAAAUAGGAAAGAUGAGGGGCAGGGGAGGAUAUUGAGGACAAGCCUCUGCUCAGCCCUGGGUCCUCUUGGAACCGGGCUUGGAGCCGGAGGUGGGGAGGGUGCCCAAGCUGAGCUCCUGGAUUCGCAUCUGCCGAACUGCACCCAGAACCAGGAGUGGGGUGCGGGCCCAUCCUCUGGCCAGGAUCCUGGGCUCCCUUGGCCACAAAGCAGGACAGGGGACCAGAGAUCCCCCAACUCAGGAGACGUGAAGCUGGCAGCUGUAGAGACGGGGUUUCACCGUGUUAGCCAGGAUGGUCUCGAUCUCCUGACCUCAUGAUCCACCCGCCUCGGCCUCCCAAAGUGCUGAGAUUACAAGCGUAAGCCACCGCGCCCAGCCGGCCCCACCUCUUAAUACCCUGACAUUAACAUUAGGUUUCAACAUGACCGCUGGCCUAGAAAUGGCCUCAAAUGGAAGCUGCCACCCGAUCCUGGUGGACGCUUUGGAGCUAGGCUAGAGAUCAGGACUCCAGGGUUCAGUGCGCACGUGCUGCCCCUGCACUAGGAAUCCCUGCAAACCCUCCCAGAUGGUGGCGUUAUCAGCCCGAUUUUACCCGAGAGGCUCCUGAGGGAAAGAGACCUGUCUGAGGGCCGAAGCAAUGCGGGUGCUGGCGACCGACGCAAGGAGGUGACGCGCAGGGGACUUAAGGAGCGGACCGCCGCGGGAGGACGCGCCCAGGUCAGAGGGACUCCCUCUACGACCCCCACUCUGGGUCUCCGGCCCACGCGUGGCCCGGCUGGUCUGCGGAGCUGGCGCCAGGGCCGCCAGAGGGCGCCCGGGGCGGAGGAGGGGGCGGGAGCCGGGAAAGCCCGGGAGGUGGUGGCCGAGUCCGCGCCGCCCCUCUGGGUCUGCGGCUCUGGUCGAAGGGUCCGCUGCGUGGGCCGGGGAAUCCGGAUUCCGGGGGUUCAACGCCCAGGGGUUCCAUGAGCCCCUACUGUUCUCGGACGCCCGGCUGGCCCCGACGCACUCGUCCCAGCACCCCUCCCCCGUCCCCGUCCUCCGGCCCCUCCCCCGUCGCCCCUCCGGGGUCCAGCCGGGCGGGGCUGCUCCAGGGUCGCUGCUGGCGCGGGUCCCCGGGCCCUGGCCCUCCGGUGCCCCAGUCGAAGGACAGAAAACUUGAGCAUCCAGGCGCAGGGGUGGGGAGGGGAUCCCACUCUGGGUGUGCACUGCCCCGCCCUCUCCGGGUCUGCCUCGGCCCCGCCCGGGCCCCAGGCCCCGCCCCCUCCCCUCGGCCGGCCCGAGAGCCCCGGGGGCCGCCGCAGCCUCCCGAGCGCCCGCCAUGCGCGCUGCCCCUGCCGCGCUGCUGCUCCAGCUGCUGCUCCUGCUGGGGCCGUGGCUGGAGGCUGCGGGCGUUUCGGAGUCGCCGCUGCCUGCCGUGGUCCUUGCCAUCCUGGCCCGCAAUGCCGAACACUCGCUGCCCCACUACCUGGGCGCGCUGGAGCGGCUGGACUACCCCCGGGCCAGGAUGGCCCUCUGGUGUGCCACGGACCACAAUGUGGACAACACCACAGAGAUGCUGCAGGAGUGGCUGGCGGCUGUGGGCGAUGACUAUGCUGCCGUGGUCUGGAGGCCUGAGGGCGAGCCCAGGUUCUACCCAGAUGAAGAGGGUCCCAAGCACUGGACCAAAGAAAGGCACCAGUUUCUGAUGGAGCUGAAGCAGGAAGCCCUUACCUUUGCCAGGGACUGGGGGGCCGACUAUAUCCUGUUUGCAGACACAGACAACAUUCUGACCAACAACCAGACUCUGCGGCUUCUCGUGGGGCAGGGGCUUCCGGUGGUGGCCCCAAUGCUGGACUCCCAGACCUACUACUCCAACUUCUGGUGUGGGAUCACCCCCCAGGGCUACUACCGCCGCACAGCCGAGUACUUUCCCACUAAGAACCGCCAGCGCCGGGGCUGCUUCCGUGUCCCCAUGGUCCACUCCACCUUCCUUGUAUCCCUGCGGGCUGAAGGGGCAGACCAGCUUGCCUUCUACCCCCCACAUCCCAACUACACGUGGCCUUUCGACGACAUCAUCGUCUUCGCCUAUGCCUGCCAGGCUGCUGGAGUCUCGGUCCACGUGUGCAAUCAGCACCGUUAUGGGUACAUGAAUGUGCCAGUGAAAUCCCACCAGGGGCUGGAAGAUGACAGGGUCAACUUCAUCCACCUGAUCUUAGAAGCACUAGUGGACGGCCCCCCCAUGCAGGCCUCCGCUCAUGUGACUCGGCCCUCUAAGAGGCCCAGCAAGAUAGGGUUUGACGAGGUCUUUGUCAUCAGUCUGGCUCGCAGGCCUGACCGUCGGGAACGCAUGCUCACCUCGCUCUGGGAGAUGGAGAUCUCUGGGCGGGUGGUGGACGCUGUGGACGGCCGGAUGCUCAACAGCAGUGCCAUCAGGAGCCUCGGCGUAGACCUGCUCCCAGGCUACCAGGACCCUUACUCGGGCCGCACUCUGACCAAGGGCGAGGUGGGCUGCUUCCUCAGCCAUUACUCCAUCUGGGAAGAGGUGGUUGCCAGGGGCCUGGCCCGGGUCCUGGUGUUUGAGGAUGACGUGCGCUUUGAGAGCAACUUCAGGGGGCGGCUGGAGCGGCUGAUGGAGGAUGUGGAGGCAGAGAAACUGUCUUGGGACCUGAUCUACCUCGGGCGGAAGCAGGUGAACCCUGAGAAGGAGGCGGCCGUGGAGGGGCUGCCGGGCCUGGUGGUGGCCGGGUACUCCUACUGGACGCUGGCCUAUGCCCUGAGCCUGGCGGGAGCCCGCAAGCUGCUGGCCUCACAGCCUCUACGCCGCAUGCUGCCCGUGGACGAGUUCCUGCCCAUCAUGUUCGACCAGCAUCCCAGUGAGCAGUACAAGGCACACUUCUGGCCACGGGACCUGGUGGCCUUCUCCGCCCGGCCCCUACUCGCUGCCCCUACCCACUAUGCCGGGGACGCCGAGUGGCUCAGUGACACGGAGACAUCCUCUCCAUGGGAUGACGACAGCGGCCGCCUCAUCAGCUGGAGCGGCUCCCAAAAGACCCUGCGCAGCCCCCGCCUGGACCUAGCUGGCAGCAGCGGGCACAGCCUCCUACCCCAGCCCCGAGAUGAGCUCUAGGUCCAGGUGAUGACUGCAAAGAGUGCCCAGGAGCAGGCCACUACUGCCCAGAGAGCAGAGGAGGAGGUUGUUGGCAGGGACCACAGAUCCAGUCAGACCUGGCCAACACCUUGGGCACAGCCACUCUGCCCUCUGGACCUGUCUUUCAUCAGGAGAAACCACUCAGAGAUGGAUCCCAUUCCCUAAAGGUCUCACAGCAAAGGAGCAGGACUCCCAGGCCCCUGGGCCCUGCCUGGCCUGAUUCAGGGCCUGGUGGCCCCCAGCCUUCUGUUUCAAGCUGGGCAGACCCCAGGAGCCCUUCCCUCCCUAAGGACUCAGCUGAGGGGCCCCUCUGCCCCCUUCUACCUCCACCUCAGCACCCUCCCCCAGCUUGAUGUUUGGAUCUCCCCAGCACCCUCCUUCCUGACCAGUGUAAAGUACAGGGAGGUAAAGGAGGACCCUUGCAGACCUGUUGCCCAGCACACAGUAGGCCCUCAAUAAAAGCCAUUUGCACUUUAAAUAUA